AUGACGCUCUAUCACUUUGGUAACUGUGCGGCACUGGUGUAUGUGCCAUACUACUUCACCUACAAAUACUCCGGACUCUCCGAAUAUGGCGCCUUUUGGAAAUGUGUUCAGGCAGGUGGAAUAUAUGUGUUCACACAGCUUUGCAAAAUGCUUGUAUUGGCAACAUUCUUUCCCGACACGGACACCUUCAGCGAAGGCGCACCGUUUAAUUUCAUUGCUGAAUUCCUGCGCUGCAGCGUCGAUCUGGUCGACUUCCUGGGUCUCGCGUUCGUGCUGUCGAGAAUUCCGGGCAAGGGACACAGUAAACUGAUAACUGCCGGUUUGGGAUGGGCCACCGCAGAAGUAAUUCUAUCGCGCGGCCUUAUGCUGUGGGUUGGCGCUAGGGGUGCGGAGUUUUCCUGGAUCUACACACAGAAGUGUCUGGAAUCGAAUGUGCUGCUUGUGCAGCAUCUGUCGACCGCUACACUGCUGUGGCUGUUUUCUCGCCAUGAUUUGGAUAAAAAAUUCGCUCCCAUAGUCGUGCUGCUGCUGGUGGCUACAUCGUACCGGGGUGUAUGGUUGGAGGGCACCCUGCACGCCAUGUCCGCCGGUCCGUGGCUUAGCUUGGCUCUGAAGGCCCUCAUUACCAGCUGCAUGGGUGUUGGUACGCUGCACAUCUACUCGGGACUGGCGCAACAGAUCGGGUUAUAA